AUGGGAUUUACAAUGGGUUUGAAUCUACUCCUUCUAGUGGCCAUGGUUGCCACCAAUAUCCUCUCCCUCUACCACCUCUCCACCACCAUGAUCUCCACUAAACCAAUCACAAAUCCUAACCCUCCUGUCCCUGAUCACCUCCUCCGUCAACUUCAGACGAUACGCGCCACCAUAAAUCAUCUCACGCGCCUCCAACCUAAUCCCUCUGUUCAGACCACCGCCUCCAACAUCCCAUCUGACCUCCUACUCUAUACUCAGCUCUCACCCAUUGCAUCUGCCUGCCGCCACCACCCUGAUCUUCUUCAUCAGUACAUGAAUUACACCCCUUUCUCCGUUUGUCCCCAGCUGUCUUCCGCCGCCGCGGAACCCUUGAUCCUUCGUGGAUGUCAUCCUCUCCCACGCCGGCGCUGCUUCUCUCCUACUCCUAGUAAACUACCUUCCUCCCUUCCCACAAACCCUUUCUCUCCGGUGCCGGAGAAUGCCAUUUUGUGGAGUAAUUACAAGUGUAAAACCUUCGAUUGUCUAAACCCAGAUCUGGGUUUUGAUUUGAAGAAAGAGAAAUUAAAGUUUCUGAGCUACAAAACCGAUCUCGAUCUCCCAAUUUCUCAACUAACCGACAUCGUAAAGAAAUCAAAGAACGUUCUCCGGAUAGCUCUAGACAUAGGCGGUGGUACAGGUACAUUCGCUGCGCAAAUGAAGCAAGAAAAUGUGACAGUUAUCACGACCACCAUGAGCAUCGGUGCACCCUAUAACGAAGCUGCUGCCCUCCGGGGAUUGAUCCCGUUACAUGUGCCAUUGCAGCAGAGGUUACCGGUGUUCGAUGGGGUUCUGGAUCUGGUGCGGUGUGGCCGCGCCGUGAACAGGUGGAUUCCGGCGCAAUCAUUGGAGUUUCUACUUUAUGAUGUGGAUCGAGUGUUGAGAGGUGGUGAAAUGGGCAGUAGGGAAGAAGAUGGAUACAAGUGGUGUGAAGAAUGGAGAAGCUUAUUUGACUGCUCUUUUACAAAAGCCAGUUUCAAGAUGAUGAUGAUAUUGCUUCCUUUCUUUUUCGUUCUUCAGGUAAGAAUUAAAGAGUAA